AAAACAAAAAGAGAUGGAAUGAGGGAAUAAGCGCAAAGUAAACAAACCAAAGCCUCUUCCUGCUUUCUUUCUUUCCUCCACCCCAUCUCCUCCUCUUUAAUUCUCUUUUUCCCUUUCUUUCUCCUCUCUGGUAUUCCCUUGGUGUAGUGAUUCUCCACCAUCUCCCUAAAGAGCCAUCAAACUUUAUAAAAGAAAAACAUAAAAGGAAUUGCAACACCAUGGUUUUCUCUUCUAUUCCAGUCUAUGUAGAUCCUCCCAAUUGGCACCAGCAACAACCAAAUCAUCAGCAUCAGCAUCAGCAUCAACAUCAUCACCAACUAAAUGGCAGUGACAACACUCACCUGCUUCCACCUCUGCCCCCUCUGGCGGCAGAGAUGGCUGGUGGUGGUGGUUCUAUGGGCUCGAUCAGGCCAGGUUCCAUGGCUGAUCGAGCUCGGUUAGCUAAGAUUCCACCACCUGAACCAGCUCUCAAGUGUCCUCGUUGUAAUUCCACCAACACCAAGUUUUGCUACUUCAACAACUACAGCCUCUCUCAACCUCGCCACUUUUGCAAGGCUUGUAGGCGUUACUGGACAAGUGGGGGUGCUCUCAGAAACGUUCCUGUAGGUGGAGGGUGCCGCCGGAACAAGAAGAGCAAGAGAAGCCGCUCCAAAUCUCCUUCAAGUUCUGAGAAACAAACACCAUCGUCAAGUGCAAACAACAACAAUAGCAUCCCCUCCACACAUGAGAUGCUUGGUCAGUUGCCACCACAACCACCUACUCUACCCUUCAUGGCUUCUCUGCAGAAUCUUAGCCGGUAUGGUGUUGGAAACAUGGGUCUCAGAAUGGGUGAGAAUAUUCAUCAAGGACAGAAUGAUCACAUGGGGUUUCAAAUUGGUGGUGUUGGUAACUCAGUUUCUGGCGGUGGAGUGGAACAGUGGCGGUUGCAGCAGUUUCCUUUCUUGAAUGGUUUUGAAUCAACUACUUCACCUGGUUCUAAUUAUCCUUUUCAAAGUGAAGGUAAUAUUGAUGGAGCUUCUGAUUUUGUUGGAGAUUUAGCUUCAAGUUCUAGGGUUACUCAGGUUCCACCUGUUAAAAUGGAAGAUAAUGGAGGUCUCAAUUUGUCAAGAUCAUCUCUGAAUAAUGUCUCAGAAAAUAACCAGUACUUUUCAUGGACUGAUAUGUCAGGUCUUGCCUCUUCUUCCACUACUAGUCAUCUCUUAUAACUUGACCAUCGACUAAGAUCUUCUGUCCCAAACGGUAACUCAAUUGUCUUUGUCACCAAUGAAAUCUUGUCGUGUUAAGUGAAUCAGUUACAAUAUAGUAUUGUAUUUUUAAUUGAUAUGUCAAAAUUUUAUUAGGGGAUAGAGUGAGAUAGAGUUUGGAGACAGAAGACCUUUAUCCCUUGACGAUAACCCUAUCACCCGAAUUGAACUCCUUGCUUGAAUCAUUACUUGUUACUCUUGGAUGGAUCAGAUCAGAGAAAUUCAAGAAGACUUUGGAUGUUGUUGUCCCACUGAACACUUUCAACUAUCAGCAGCUAGCUGGCGCAAAAGCUGGGUUGAUUAACGCAGAAGUGGUAGAAUCGAUGUAGUUUCUGGUCAUUGAUUUAGUUCAUGUUUUCUCUUCUUCUUUUUCUAUUUUUCAUCGAGUCGAGUCAUUUGUAGACUAUACAUAUAUAUGGGCUUGUUUUGUAUAACUUAAUUGUGUGCAUGUAAUCUUUUGUGUGUUUGCUAUCUGACGUUGUAAUAUCACUUCGGUACAAAACUUUCCGUUGAGUUUAACUUAA